GGUCUGCGAGGGUGCAGUUGGUCUUGGCAGUUUUCCGGUGAGCUUAAUCGCUGAGCUCCAGUUCUCACAGAGCCAUGAAAGAUGGACUGAGGAAAGAUUGUAAGGGACAACAUGAUGCACUCAGAAAACGAAAUUACAAAUGCCACCUUUCCUAACAAAAGAAUUAGUAGCUCAUGGCUGGAAUUUCUCAAGAAUGUGUUUUUGAGUGCUCCAAAGGAUCUCCCUGAAAUUCUUCUAAUAUUGUCUUUAAUCUGUAUAGUUGGAGCAUUUUUGAACAUGCACUUGAAAGACUUUCCAAUUCCUCUCCCUGUGAUAUUAUUUUUACUUGGAUGCAGCUUUGAAAUAUUAAGUUUUACAUCUGACCAGGUUCAAAGAUAUGCAAAUGCCAUACAAUGGAUGAAUCCAGAACUAUUUUUUGAUAUAUUUACACCAAUAAUUAUUUUUAAUGUAGCAUUUGACAUAGAUGUAUACAUGCUCCAAAAGUUACUUUGGCAGAUAGUUUUAAUUACAGUUCCUGGCUUUUUGGUGAAUUAUGCCUUAAUUUUUUGGCAUCUGACAUCUGUGAAUAAAUUGCUUUUGAAGACCACCCCAGGAUUAUUAUUUUCAGCUGUCCUUCUGAGUUCAGAUCCCAUGCUGACUGCAGCUACUAUAAGAGACCUUGGUCUUUCCAGAGUCCUCACAACUUUAAUUAAUGGCGAAAGUUUGAUGACCUCUGUUAUGUCUUUAGUUGUAUUUACUAUUGUUUUGCAUGUCAGCGAUAACAUGCAUAGUAAGAUGAACUAUUCCUUAGUACAUGAUGUUGCUGAUGAAAUGGCAUCACAUUUCCUAGGAAGUUUCAUGUGUGGAUUGCUAAGUUCAAAACUGAUCCAGCUGUGGAUUUCAACUGUUUUUGGUGAUGAUGUGAAUCAUAUAAGCCUUAGCUUUUCAAUUUUGUACCUCACCUUUUAUAUUUGUCAGCUAUGUGGAAUGUCUGGAAUAUUUACUCUGUCUAUUAUGGGACUUUUUUUAAAUUCUACCAGUUUUAAACCAGGAAUUGCAGCACUCCUUCUCAAAUUCUGGAAUUGUCUAUCAUUUGUAUCUUUUCUUAUGGUGUUUACUUUCACUGGAGUUCUAAUUCCUGCAUAUACAUAUUUAUAUAUAUCAUUUGCUGAUAUAUAUUAUUCAUUAAAUAUCUACUUCACCUUGGUUGUUUUAAGACUUGGGGUCAUUCUACUACUGAGUCCUCUUCUGUCUCGACUUGGUCAUGGGUUCAGCUGGCGCUGGGCCUUCAUAAUGGUGUGCAGUGAAAUGAGAGGGACGCCUAAUAUAAACAUGGCCCUUCUACUUGCCUACUCUGACAAUGCCCCUGGAUCUCAGAGGGAAAAAUCUCAAAUAUUAUUUCAUGGAGUGGCAGUAUGCUUAGUUACCCUGAUUUUCAAUAGAUUUAUUUUGCCAAUGGCAGUUACUAAACUAGGUCUUCGUGAUGUCACAUCAACAAAAUAUAAAUCAUUUCAUUGUACAUUUCAACACUUCCAAGAGCUAAUCAAAUCUACAGCCUCCACACUCAAAUUUGACAAAGAUCUUGCUAAUGCUGAUUGGAAUAUGGUUGAGAGAGCAAUUAUACUUCAAUACCCACAUGCUUUGAGCCAAGAAGAAACAACAGGACAUCAAAAGGUGAAAUGUCCAGACUGUAACAAGGAAAUAGAUGAAACCCUUAACAUUGAAGCAAUGGAGCUGGCCAACAAGCGUCUUUUGUCGGCACAAAUAGCUAGCUACCAGAGGCAAUACAGGAAUGAAACUCUGAGCCAGAGUGCAGUCCAGGUGUUGGUAGGUGCAGCAGGAAGCUUUGGCGAGAAGAAGGGAGAGCAUAUGAGUCAUGAGACAAUAAAGAGCUACUCUGAAAGUCAAAAAUCACUUACCUUUAUCAGAAAAAUACUGCUCAAUUGGGUAUACAAUACUAAAAAGGAAAAAGGGGUCCCAUCAAGAUAUUGCUGUUUUCGUCUAUGCCAUAAAAUAGUAUUUACUGAUGAAUUUGAAUGUGUUGGAUACCUUGUGAUUAUCAUGAAUAUGUUCCCAAUUAUAAUUUCUUGGAUACCCCAAAUAAAUGAAAUCUAUGAGCAUGAAUUAAGACAUGCUAACUCCUAUUUUCUUCAAAUUUAUAUCCUAGAAGCCAUAAUAAAGAUAGGAGCAAUGAGAAAAGAUUAUUUUUCACAUUUUUGGAACCUGUUUGAGUUAUCAAUUACAAUAGCUGGCAUCAUAGAUUUAAUACUUGUUGAGACGGAGUUCAUUAAUUAUACUUUUAGCUGGAUUCAAACUGUAGUCUUCAUAAAAAUUGUUCGAUUUCUUCGUAUACUACGCAUUUUGAAGCUCAUAACACCAAAGUUGCUGCAGAUAAUAGACAAAAGAAUGAGUCAUCAGCUAUCCUUCAGGUAUGCUAUACUAAAAGGAUAUGUCCAAGGUGAAGGAGACAUAAUGACUAUAAUUGAUCAGAUUGCAAGUUCUAAACAGGUUAAACAGAUUUUAGUAAGGCGGAUAACAAGGAAUACAGGACGUGCUAUGAAAGAGCUAGGCUACUUAGAAUAUGAUCACCCAGAAAUUGCCAUCACUAUGAAAACGAAGGAGGAAAUUAAUGUUAUGCUCAGUAUGGCUAGAGAAAUUGUUAAGGUUUUCAGGUCAAAAGGAAUUAUUCAUAAAGUUGAAGUUUCUGAAAUUAAUAAGUUAAUCAUGGCCAAAAAGAGAGAGGUGCUUGAUUUUCAAUCUGUUAUCAGGCCUCUUACCAUUGAAGAAGUGUUGUAUCACAUUCCAUGGCUAGAUAAAGACCCGGACCAUAUAAACUUCAUUCAGGAAAGAGUCAGAGUUGUAACAUUUGAUUGCGGAAAUGAUAUAUUUGAGGAGGAUGAUGAGCCCAGGGGAAUCUUUAUCAUUAUUUCAGGCAUGGUUAAGCUUCAAAGAUCAAAGCCAGGUUUGGGAAUUGACCAAAUACUCUGGGAAUCAGAGGAAAAAGAUAAUCAGAUAACUUACACAGACUAUUUGAUCAGUGGAGAAAUAAUAGGAGAGUUAAACUGCCUAACCAAUGAACCUAUGAAAUAUUCUGCCAAGUGCAAAACUGUAGUGGAGACAUGUUUUAUUUCCAAAGCACACUUGCAUGAAGCUUUUGAGCAAUGCUGUCCUCUCAUAGAAUAUAAAAUGUGGCUAAAAAUUGGACUUUCUAUUACUGCCAAAAAAAUCAGGGAAAAUUUAUCUUAUGAGGAUUGGAACUACAAGAUGCAAUUAAAGCUUGGUAAUGUUUAUGUAAAAGAUAUACCAAUGAACACCAAAACUAAUAUUUACGAUGAAGCUGUAAUCUAUGUUAUCCUCAUACACGGAGCUGUAGAAGAUUGUCAGUUACGGAAAGCUUAUAGGGCACCUUCUUUAAUUCCUAUAACAUGCCAUCAGCUACAAGGCACUGAAAAUUUCACAAAAAUAAUGAUUGUUCAAACUUCAGUUGAUAUGAAAAAAUUCAGAUGGAACAUUAAAAAGUAUGUACCUUCAUGUAAACAUUCUUAUUCAUCAGUAUCAACAGGAAAGCAGGAAGUUCAGUCCCUCCCUAGACAUUUUGGAGACUUCCUGGGGAAACUUUUCCUGGAACUUUCCCUGAUUGUUGCUUUCGGCCUGGAACUGCUGGCAGAAUAG